UGAACACUGCUCAGAGAAAGCUGAUUUUCCUUCCCCUGCUCCCCUGCAGCAUAUACCUAAUGUACUCUUUUGGAGGAAAUGUGAAUGUGUUUGCCGUUUGUGCUCUGCCUUUGCAGAACUGCAGGACACCUGCGGGAAGUCUCCACAUCAGGAUGCUGGCCCCGAUGUAAAGGCUCCCUCGGAUGCCCCGGAGGGCAGCCCCCAGCGAUGCCUGGGCAACCCAUAGGCCGCGAGCAGGGAGAUGAGGGUGUUCACAGCUGCGACUCGGCCCGUUCCCUGAACCACUUUUUCCGGGGCUUCGGGGAGGAGCCGACCCUCAAAGGGCUCUACUACCAGAGGGCCAGGAAACUUUAUCCCGUAGACGAGGGCAGGGCGGCCGACCUGCGGGAGGGCAUUCUGGUGAACGUGGGAGGCAUCCGCUACCUGCUGCCCUGGACCACUCUGGAUGACUUCCCCCUGACCCGGCUCAGCAAGCUGAAGUUCUGCCAGUCCUACGAGGAGAUCAUCCAGCUCUGCGACGACUACGACGAGGACCGCCGCGAGUUCUUCUUCGACCGGAGUCCCGGGGCCUUCAGGAUGAUCGUCACCUUCCUGGCGGCCGGGAAGCUGGUCCUCUUCCGAGAGAUGUGCGCCCUGUCCUUCAAGGAGGAGCUGAGCUACUGGGGGAUCGAGGAGGCCAGCCUGGAGAGGUGCUGCUUCCGAAAACUCCUGCAGAAAGUCGAGGAGCGGGCCGAGGCCGCGAGGGAAGAGGAGCUGCAGAGGCAGAGGGACAGCUGCGCGGGUGGGCCCGGGGACCAGACCAGGUGGGGCCUCUGUAUGAAUCGCCUCCGGGACAUGGUGGACAAUCCCCAGUCUGGGCUGCCGGGGAAAGUGUUUGCUUGCCUCUCCAUCCUGUUCGUGGCCACCACCGCCGUCAGCCUUUGUGUCAGCACCAUGCCGGACUUGAGAGCUGAAGAAGACAGGGGUGAAUGCUCUCAGAAGUGCUAUUACAUUUUCAUCGUGGAGACUGUCUGUGUUGCUUGGUUUUCUUUGGAGUUCUGCCUCCGGUUUAUCCAGGCAAGAAGUAAAUGUCAGUUUUUCCGAGGACCCCUGAACAUUAUUGACAUCCUAGCGAUCUCACCUUACUACGUGUCGCUCAUAGUGUCCGAUGAGCCCGCGGUAGGGAAUGAGAAGCCAAGCGCCAGUUCGUACUUGGAGAAAGUAGGACUGGUGCUACGGAUUUUGCGGGCCUUGCGGAUCUUAUAUGUCAUGCGCCUCGCCAGGCACUCGUUAGGCCUGCAGACGCUGGGGCUCACCGUUCGCCGAUGUACCCGAGAAUUCGGUCUGCUCUUACUGUUCCUGUGCGUGGCUGUCACUCUCUUUUCCCCUCUGGUCUACGUGGCUGAGAAUGAAUCUGGAAGGGUCCUAGAAUUUACCAGCAUUCCUGCCUCCUAUUGGUGGGCGAUCAUCUCUAUGACGACCGUGGGGUAUGGGGAUAUGGUACCCAGGAGCGUCCCGGGACAGAUGGUAGCUCUGAGCAGUAUUUUGAGUGGGAUCCUCAUUAUGGCUUUCCCUGCAACGUCGAUAUUCCACACUUUCUCUCAUUCUUACCUGGAGCUCAAAAAGGAACAGGAAAGGCUCCAGUCACGGCUCAACAGGUUAAAUGCCAACCAUGCUAGUGAAAACGAGAUGCUCAGUGAAAUGGACAACCUGAUUUCAGAAGGACCUGCUUCAGCAGUCAAACAGAUUCCCACAGGAUAACGAUGACCUUCAGGUGAGACAUGCAGCAUUUCCCGGAAAGGACAGAAAACAAGGGUCGUUUGCCACGUGCACUCCAUCGCUACUGACCGAAACUGAUCGACUAGACUGUCCAGGCCAAAGAUCAUCCUUCAGUAGAACUCUUGGGUCUUAUAUCCCGGGCUCCGUGCACUAGUGCGUGAACCAUUAGGGGGGCACUCAAUAUGGUCGAUUCCUUUGAUUCUCAGCCCUCUAAUUCGCUAAGCUUAAAAUAACAAUGGGGUUUGACUUUAUCCGCCCCAGUCUUUUAGUCAGCACUCCCAUCAGCUUAUAAAUGGAGGAAGCUAUACUAUCAGCUAUACUAAAUCUCUAGUUUGCCUUUGAAUUGCCAAUAUUCUGCGUACUUAAAUUUGCAAGCCAAGCAUGGAAUUCCAGGAGGGCUGCUUGUCAUUGCUCUUUAUGUAAUGGACCUAAAGGAGGCCAUUACUGCAGAUAUGCAUUAUAGAUAUAUAUGCAUUAUAGUGAUAUAUCCAAAGGCACUAAGAGAGCUUAAAUAA